CAGCUCGUCUGAGCAGGCAGGUCCUUGUCUGUCUCCUCUCUCACUCUUUCUGGUCUCUCUCAGUCCUGGUCCUGGUCCUGGUUCUGAGGCUCCUGUCCCUCCCGUCAUCUCGCUUUGAGGAUUUGAGGAUCUAGUUUCUGGACCAUGAGCUCCUACACCGUGUCUCUGCCCGGCCCCGGACCCUGGGGCUUCAGGCUGCAGGGGGGCAAAGACUUCAACAUGCCCCUGACCAUCUCCAGGAUCACUCCAGGCAGCAAGGCAGCGCAGGGUAACCUGGUCCAGGGUGAUCUCAUCGUCGCCAUCGAUGGCGUCAGCACGGACGGGAUGACUCACCUGGAGGCCCAGAACAAGAUCAAGAUGGCCAACUACAACCUGGCGCUCACCAUGUCCAAGUCGAAGCGUCCCGCUCCGAUGCUGGCACCAAGAAUGGACGCUACUUUUCCCAUGAUCCCUCAUCAACAGCCUCAGACAGUGCAAGUCAAUGGCCGCCUGUCGGCCUGCAGUGCCUCCUCCGGGCCUGCAGAAGCAGACUCUCCCGGGAGGAGGGCGACGGUGGCGGCGGCGGUCAGCCCCGCCCACAGGAAGCAGUAUAACUCCCCCAUUGGCCUGUACUCAGAGGAGACUCUGAGGGAGAUGGCAGCGAUUCAGGCGGGCCGGCCUACGGGCAGCAGCUCUGCCUCUGAAACUCCUCCCACUUUAUCCGGACACAUUGAACAACACGUUUUCUCCCCCACUGCUCCCAACGCCGGCUUCAACCCCGGCGUGCUGAAGGACACCGCCCUCUCUACCCAUAAGCCCAUAGAGGUGAAGGGCCCUGGGGGGAAGGCCACCAUCAUCCAUGCCCAGUACAACACGCCCAUCAGCAUGUACUCACAGGACGCCAUCAUGGACGCCAUUGCAGGACAGACGCAGGGCAAGGGGCCCGACGUCGGUACUGUCCCAGUUAAAGAUGUAGACAGAGCCUCCAUGGUCUACCAGGCCGUCCAGACUGCAGAGAAAGACCUGGACCUGGGGGAGUGGGGCCGCUGCAGCAACAUGCAGUCCAAGUCCUUCAGGGUCCUGGCCCACAUGACUGGAACCGAGUCCUCACCGGAGGAGGAGGAGGAGCUGAGGAGGAGCAGCCAGUACAUUCAGCCUCCCAUCAUGCAUCAGGCGCCACAGGACCUGCCCCCGCAGCAGUACCAGCCAGUUCCGCAGCAGUACCAUCAGCCCCCCACACAACAUGCCCCACCCACCCAGCAGAGCUCCAUUCAGAUCCCUCUUGGCUCCGCCCCUCCCAAGGUGGUGAGCACCGCUUGUAUCUACCCCUCCCAACCAGGCCCAGGUCCAGCUCCAGGUCCACCGCACCAUCAGCCCCACCCUCAGCCCCACCCUCAGCCCCACCCUCCAGCCCCUUCCCCUGCUGGUGUCUCCUCUAACAGACCCCCCUGGGUGACUGACAACAGCUUUGCCGAUAAGUUCGACCCCGGUAAGACCACCACCUCCAUGAAGAUGCAGCCGCUGCCCCAGGCUGCCCCUCCUCCACCAGCAUACAUCCCCAACCCCUCCCCCGCUGCACCAGCAGCUCCCAGCCCCGCCCCCAUAACCCCCAGCCCUGCCCCUUUCCCUCCAGUGGCAAGGGGCGUGGCCCAAAGGGCAGAGCGGUUCGCCGCCAGCAGCCGUACGCCUCUGUGUGGAGCCUGCAACAACAUCAUCAGGGGCCCCUUCCUGGUGGCCCUUGGCCGGUCUUGGCACCCUGAGGAGUUUAACUGUCACUACUGCCACAUGUCUCUGGCUGAUGUGAGCUUCGUGGAGGAGCAGAACAACGUUUACUGUGAGAACUGCUACGAGGAGUUCUUUGCCCCCACCUGUGCUCGCUGCAACACCAAGAUCAUGGGGGAAGUGAUGCAUGCCCUGCGGCAGACGUGGCACACCACCUGCUUUGUCUGCGCAGCCUGUGGUAAAGCUUUUGGAAACAGUCUGUUCCACAUGGAGGACGGAGAACCGUACUGUGAGAAAGAUUACAUUGCUCUCUUCAGCACUAAGUGUCACGGCUGUGACUUCCCAGUUGAAGCUGGUGAUAAGUUCAUUGAGGCUCUGGGUCACACCUGGCAUGACACCUGCUUCGUCUGUGCGGUCUGCCAUGUGAACCUGGAGGGUCAACCUUUCUACUCAAAGAAGGACAAACCUCUGUGCAAGAAGCAUGCUCACGCCAUCAACGUGUAGACCUGCCGUCUACCUGUGGAUCUGCUGCCUCAUCGCCACCCCCCCACCCCCCCGGACGCCACCCCCGACUGCACGACGAACACAA